CCCCAUGUGGCUGCGGAUGUACAUGUGGCUAUUCUGACACCAUUUUCGUAGUUCUGAUUUUCGGUUUCCGAUCGAGCGCGACCGGCUCUACGGACGAGCAUGCAUCAUUCGCGUGAUUUUUUCUGCCACACAAGUUUUUCCCCACUUACUUUCAAAAGCUAAGUUUCCCCUAUGCAAGCAGAACGAAUUCUAAUUCUUGUGUAGGAUUAGAUCGAUAUGCAGCCAGAAGUUCCACUAAGUCAAAGCUUAAGCUUUCGAUAAAUGAUGGCUGUGGAAGGUGUUUCCGAAAGAUCUGCCGAAGCAAUUUAGAAGGUGUGACUUUUUAGAUUUUGUUGGACAAGAUGGAUCAUUUCUGAUUUUUUCCGUUCUGCUAUCCACUGUUGGAGCUGCACUCCAAGAUGGCUCCGGCGAGUUCUCCGACGUCUCAGAUAGACCCCGCGGAGGCGAGGCAGCGCUUCUUGAAAUUUUUCCAAGCCCUGCAACUCGCCGACGGGCUUCCGCCGAAUGAAGCCGCAAAAGCUGCUAUUGACGCUUCUAAAACUUUGAGCAAGCCUACCCCGGCCCUGCCAUCGGGGCGAAAUUUUCCCAAUGCCGAGGAGCUUGUGAAAAGGUUCGCCAGUGCGGCGAGUGCGUCAUCAAGGUACAACGUGAAUAUUGUGUCCUGCUGAACUAGAAAAACUGAAACAGCUGCCUCUGCCGGAUAGGGUUGUCAUUUCCCCGUGCAGCAACUCAGUGAAAAAAAAAAGUAACUGAAAUUCUUACACAUCAGCGACGACAAGCCUGCGCUGACCGCAGCGACCUGGGAACAAUUCGCGGAAUUGUGGGGCGAUUUCUUCUGCGCAAACCAAAUACUGCUGCCGAAGGGAAAGCCAGCGACCGAGACCGACCCUAGUGUGGAUUUGGAUCAGCUGCAGGCUCUGUACCAAUUGAUUGAGAGCGCGGAAAUUCCGAAGGAACCAGACGCGAUGGACGUGGAUGCGGAGGGGAAGGAAAAGACCUCCCCAAGAGCCGCUUCCCCCUCGGAGAUGGUGGUUCGACACCUCGGCAAUCUGUGUAACGCGAUCUCAAAAGAGAAUGUGGCCGGGGUGCAGCGGGCGGUGGAUGCGAAAAACAAAUCCAGCUCCUCCUCCGCGUCUCCCAGUGGCGGACCCAGCGCCAGCAGCAGCAGCAGCGAUUUGCUGCACCCCGGCGGACAGCAGGCUGGGGGAUCAUCAAGUUCCACUGCAGUCGGCGGGCCGGCAAGUUCACCAGUUGCAACGGGCGCGGAUUCAGCGGUAGAAAAUUGCAUUAGCAACUCGGACUCCCCUGGUGAGUUGCGCAUUUUGUUCCUGAUUUUCUUCCACCCUUGCCUCCAAAAUCCGGAUCGAAACGAAGACUCGGCUAAGUUGCUGCGCGCCUUUCGAGGGUUGUCGGAGAAGGGAAAGGAAAUUCUCGCAACGUGGCUUGCAGACUUGGAUAUCGCAAUGCUCCGAAGCCAGCUGCAAACAAUCCAACAGUAUAGAAGCUUUUGUUUUUGAUGACGUAUUCACGUGCGAUCAACGAACGAAUAACACACGAGCACUAUCAUGUGGAAAACCACAAUUUGCUGAGUUUUGCGAUUCAAAUCCCUCAGGUAUCUAAGCAUCACUUUCCUGGACAUUUACCACGAGGAGGGCGCGGACGACGAAAACGCGCCGGAGCACGUGUGGGACAUGUUUGUCGUGAAGAGUUCGCAACUGUGCAAGAACGCGCUCUCCUACAUGGAGCUGAUCUGGAAGGCGAACCAAAUAAGGAUAAAACGGCGGCGGGAGUACCGCAAAGAGGAACUCACCAAGGGCACCGCCGCCAUGCUAUCCCAGAGAAAAAAGCUGGCAGGGCAUAUUUGUAAUGCAAAAAUAAAUAGACAAAAAAAUCUGUAUUGCAUGCCCUAAACAGCAUGCUAUGGCCUCGCCUAUGACAGAUUUUUCUGUGUGUUUAUUUUUGCAUUACAAAUCUGACCUGCCAGCUUUUUUCUGUGGGAUACAUGCUUCGCUCCGUGUCCAAGGGCAUGGGCGCGACCGGGGGGGAGGUUUUGCCCCCGGAGGAAUUCCGCAACGACGCGAUGAACGACGUCGACAACGUUCUCCGCCACGACUACUACCACGCGGUGUACUUUGAGUUUUACCAAAUGCAGGACGAGGACGAAGCGCUUUCCACGAAACCGAAGCCAAAACAGGCGAAGUCACUCCACGAUAUCAGCGAGAAGUCGGCCCUGAACACCUACACUUUCGGGCUCCUCGAGCACAAUUUCUGCCUGGACGCGAACAGCAAGUGCCGCCUGCUGAUGAUCUCCACCGCGGACCAACAGCGGCACGAAACCCGGCAGGAAAUCUUGUCCCAAGUGAUGCAGGGGCAGAGACGGGUGAAUCCGUAUUUUACCUUGAAAGUCCGGCGCGACAAUUUGAUCCAGGACACGUUGAUGAAGCUGGGCGCCGCAACCCCGUCCUCGUUCCGGAAGCAGCUGAAAGUGGUGUUCGAAGGGGAGCAGGGGGUCGAUGAGGGAGGCGUGCAAAAGGAGUUUUUCCAGCUGUUGCUCGACCAAUUGUACGACCCGAAUUACGCCAUGUUCAACUACAAUCCCGAUAACAAGACGUACUGGUUCAACCUCGGGUCUUUCGAGAACAACCUGCAGUACGAGCUCUUUGGGACGCUGCUCGGCAUCGCGAUCUACAACCACGUCAUUCUGGACAUCAGGUUUCCCCUCGCGGUGUAUCAGAAACUGCUGUCGGACGACGCAACCGGCCGGGCGAAUUUUACGGUGGACGAUCUACUGGAGGUCUCGCCAGACAUGGGCCGCAGUCUACUGCAGUUGCUCGAAUUCGAGGGGAAUGUGGAAGAGGUAUUGAGGUUGUUUUUGUUGAAAAAAUACAUUUUUCAUGCUGCACGUCGAAGGAUAGGUAGCUUUGUCUUUGUGAAGGGGGCAGUGAGAGUGACGUUUGGUACAUGACAGAAUGAUGUUACAUCACGACCGCACAUCAGACCUUCUGCCGCGACUUCGUAGCGAGUUACGAAAGCUUUGGUGCGGAAAUCCAAGUGCCACUGAAGGAGGGCGGCGAGUCGAUUCCGGUCACGAAUGAAAACCGUGGCGAGUUUGUAAGCCUGUACGUCGACUUAUCAAAUGCAAAAAUGUCUGGGUCUGGAAGUAUGCAAGAUUUGUCAUGCAUGUUUCUCAUGACCCAUGAUGCCUGUAAUGCAUGACCUAAUAUCGCAGACUUUUAGAGGGCUUCCUGAUGCACCUUCCGCAUGAGAAAUGCCCUGUCCGUGUAGCACAGAUUGCGCCCUUCUUGCUGGUCAUGCAAUACAAAUUUUUUUCAGAGUCCAGAAACAGCAUGACAAGUUGCAAUCUUCCAGACCCAGACAUUUUUGCAGUUGAUGCGACUGGUUCUUUAACAAGAGCGUCUUUGACAAGUUUCGGUCCUUCAAAAAGGGUUUUCUCAGGUGUUUCCAGCCGGACGACAAGGAGAAGUCACGUGUUGUGCAGGGACGUACAGUUUUUUUUUGGUUUCGUGCUCUCUGUUUCAGUUUCUUUUCAUCCGCUGCGGGGGCCUUGCGCAUGAUCAGAAGCCAAUAACUGAAUGGCCAUACAAAACUUUCGAUUCUCGCAUGGUCACUACAACAACAAAAAAAUUAUUCAACAGCCUCCGGCCAGAAUCUUUUCCUAUCCCUGUUCCGUGCAUCGGAGCUGGAGCUGCUAAUUUGCGGCAAUGAGGUGCUGGAUUUCGCGAGUUUGAAGAGCAACACCAUCUACCAGGACGGGUUUGAGUCCGACAGUGACACGGUCGCCUGGUUUUGGGAAAUUGUGUUGGACGACUUCGUGGAGGAGGAGCGCAAGUCCCUUCUCUCCUUCUGCACCGGCUCCAGCCGCGCGCCGCCGAAGGGCCUCGGCGCGCCGGAAGCGAAGCUGACGAUCGGCCGGCAGGGCCCGGACUCCGAGGCGCUGCCCACUGCGCACACCUGUUUCAAUCAUUUGCUCAUCCCCGAGUACAGUGAUAAGGAGAAGCUCCGGGCCAAGCUAAAGCUUGCCAUCGCGAACAAUCAGGGAUUUGGGUUAAUCUGAUCAAUGUAUUCGUGGCGGAACAGGCUACACCUUGAAACAACUUUUUUGCGGAAAGUGAUGAUAAUUAAACAGACAAGUCUCAAAACCCCUUCUAGCAGUCCCUCCCUAUGCUAGCAAGAUGAUGAUGAUGGUUCAUAGCAAGAAGCAUUCGACACACUUUAUGCAACCUUCCGGAAUUCACAUCCAAAAAGAAGAGAUAGUAUGUUUCUUUUGGAGUGUGAAAAUCCGAGUUCUCGAUUCAGUCAAUCUCCUGAUGAAUUUUUCAAAAGCAAUACAAGACAGAGAGUUAGAAGCGACAUUCGUGGAACAGACACAGGAGUAGCCAAGUAU